CAAACUCACUCUACAUUUGCCUUUUCAUGCUUUUCUUCGUUUCCUUGUCUUUCAGCUUUUUCUUCUGCUCAGCUCAGCUCUAUUGUUUUCAUCCUUUCCUAUUUGCAUGCAGUGACUUGUUUGUAUCUCAACACAGGAUGCUGUGAUAAAAUGUGUUGGUGCAACAUCAUGGAACUUUUCAACAUGUAAUGAUUGAGGAGGAAGAAGAGCACUCAUACUACUGACUAAUGGCAAUGAUUUCUGAGCUAUUGACUAACGUAACACUCUUGGUGACAUGGCCUUUCUCUCUACUUAAGUUGGCAUGCUUGUUUGGUAUCAGAAUAGCCUUAAUUGUGAUAUAUACUUGGACGGAGUUGAUCAGGACUACAAUUAACUUCCAUGCAAACAUAAUCUUGAGAAUAACCACAUGGAUAUUUGGGAUUUUCUCCCUGCCUGCAAGAGCUUUGGAUGUCUUUCAAAGGGAGAGGCAGCUGGAACAAAAACUACAUGAAAUGCAGUUAGAGCUGGAGAAUCUAGUGUGGGAUAAGAAGAAACUUCAAGAACAUUUUCAAAUGGCUGUCAAAGAGCGCAAAAUGAUGGAGAUACUUCUAUCAAGUCUUGAAGAGGAGCAUGAUAUGGUCAUUGCAAAAAUUGAAAAGUUAGAGGGAAAGUUGCGAGAUAAGACAAAUGAAAAUCUUCGGCUCAAGGAACUUCAAUCCAAGGGAUACUGGAGCUCCAAGGACCAAAACAACACUGACAGAAUCCAAACCAUUGAUGACAGCAACUACAACAUUUUCCAUCCUAUCCUCUCACGGAAUUCCAACUACAGCGGGAGUGGAAUUGCCCUCCAAGAUCUUCUAAGGCGCAAAGAUCUUUGGGAAGAUGAGAGCAAAACCAGAAGUGAGUUGCUCAAACUCUUGAAAACUGAACCCAAAUCCGGUCCGGUUAAGCCAGAAAUGAUCUCAAAGGAUGCAGAAAUGAGCAAAGCACUAGACCAUCAUCGAGACGUUGCUCUUUCUCAAUCACUUUUCAGUGCUAUUAUGUCACUUGUGGUUGGAAUCACUGUGUGGAAAGCUGAGGACCCUUGCAUGCCUCUUAUAGUGGCUCUCUUUGCCGUAGUAGGAAUGUCCUUGAAGAGUGUGGUGCAGUUUUUCUCCAACAUUAGAAACAAACCCGCAUCUGAUGCUGUUGCUCUCUUAAGCUUCAAUUGGUUUAUUCUCGGCACUCUAACCUACCCUACGUUACCAAGGGUUGCACGUAUGCUAGCUCCAAUAGUGUUGAGUCUUAUGGACCAAACCAUGAACCGGUUCGCUCUCCUUUCAUUAGCUUGACAUGGCUUCUUUUUUUCUUUUUUCUUUCCUUUUCUGUUGUGCUAUACUAUGUGCAGUAUAAUCUGAAUUGAGUCCUUUUUACUAUGUUGUGCGUUUCUUACAGCUUGUACAAUAUGAGGAAUCUUUGUAAUUUGAUUUUCUGUGUUGAGAUAUUCUGUUUUCUCAGUUUGCAGCUCGCAAACAUAAAAGGGAAAUGGGAUAUCAGUUUUGUUUUCUUUACCAUUUUGCAGAGUUCAGUUAGAACUUUUGUUUUUGUCAACUUUGUUUAAUGUUCCGCAGGAUUGAUUAAGGAUCAUGUAGGUUUUAUUUA